CAUUACUUUAUUUUUUUCAUCUUGUUCUUUCUUCAAUUCCAUCACUGUGUAUAAAUAGCAUAUACAGCUCUGCUCUCCAAGUUCAAGUCCAAUUUCGAUCAUCAACUUGUCUAUUUCUUUAAAUUUCAAUUCCAUUUACAUUUUUUUUUCAUUUUCAUUUCUUUAAUGGCACUCCUAGUUAACGAAGUCGACACCCUCACUAACCAAAUAUUUUCCAUCCUUGAAAACAAGCUCCUUUUCGGUGAUCACGAGAAUGCCAAUGUUGCAAAAACUCACCGUGAAGAUCCUGUGAAAUCUGGGAAUCGUUUUUCUGGGAAAGUAAGAAUCCUUUCCAUCGACAGCGGUAGCUUUUCCGAUGGUAUAUUGGCGGCUCAGUCCCUCCUUACCCUCCAAACCUUUCUCCGUCAAAAAUCGGGAAACCCCAAUGCCUCCGUUGCCCAAUAUUUCGACGUCGUUGCAGGAUCUGAAGCCGGUGCAAUUCUCGCCGCGUUGUUGUUCACUCGGGCUGAAAAUGGCGCCCCCCUUUUUACUGCCGACCAAGCUCUUCAGUUCCUCGUGAAAAACCGUCGGGAACUGUUUCGCUCCUCCCCUCAAGGGUUAUUCCGUCAACUUUUCCGUCCAUCCGGCGUGAAGAAACUGUUGGGCAGAACCUUCGGGGAGCUGACCUUGAAGGAUACCCUGAAGCCGGUUUUGAUACCCUGCUACGAUCUUUGUUCCAAAGCGCCGUUAUUGUUUUCCCGGGCUGAUGCAUUGGAAAUGGACGGCUAUGAUUUCAAGAUGAAGGACGUGUGCUACGUGACGUCGGCUGAUCCGACUGUGGUGGGUGUGGUGGAAGUGAGAUCGGUAGAUGAGAGAACGAAGAUCAUGGCGGUGGAAGGCGGGGUAGCGAUGAAAAAUCCAACAUCGGCGGCUAUAACACACGUGCUGAACAAUAAGCAGGAGUUCCCGUUUUGUAAUGGAGUGGAGGAUCUCUUGGUGUUGUCUUUAGGGAACGGAGAAUCUGGUUUCGGAUCCGGUGACGUUACUCUUACUCCGACGCGAACAAAGUUUCUUAGAAUCGCCGGCGAGGGUGCUUCUGACAUCGUUGAUCAAGCAAUUUCAAUGGCAUUCGGAGAAAGCGGAAACGGAAGCAACUACGUGAGAAUUCAGGGGAAUGGGCUGAACUUGACGACCCCCAAUCUUCAUCCAAAAUGUAAAGACGCCGCCGUAAUAAGCAUUGCAAAGGAGAUGCUGGCGCAAAGAAGCGUGGAAUCUCAUCUCUUCAAAGGGAAGAAGAGGAGUGAGGCGACGAAUUUGGAGAUAUUAGAGAUGAUGGGAGGUGAGUUAGUGAAAGAGCAAGAAAGGCGGAAAACCAGCAUCCUGCCGGCGGUGGUAUUAAAGCAGAAGCAGUCGACGACGACGCCGAGAACAUCAUCGGCCUCCUCCACUACCAUUUCAAGCCAGUCUUCGUGUUCGUUGGACCAUCAAAAUUAAUUCACGUUCACAUCCAAUUUUUUACAACGGCAUUAUUAUUAAUUCAUUUACAUGCUACUCCUGCCGCUCGG